UUUCCCUCUCUCGAUCUCUUUUGCAGCCCUCGUUCCCUUCCUCCCCUUCCCUCGCGCCGCCGCUCUCCUCCCUCGUCGCUCUCUCCGGCCUCAUCCGCCACCGCUCCUAUGAGCCUCCCUCCUCCCCACGAGAUCCCUUCUGCUCGAGUCGGCGAGGAGCACCUUCGCCUCCCCGUCCCCAAAGGCAGCUCCCGCACUCAACCCUAACCCUAGACCGCGCGCCCGCCCACCCCCGCUGCCUCGAGGCUUGAGCCUGCCCGCGCUGAUGGAGCCCAAGCAGCCGGCGGCCAACCUCGCCGCCGCCGCCGCCGAGCCGGAGGAGGACGAGGCGGACGAGGAGACGGAGGACGCGCUGCUGGACCGCGCGCAGGCCCUCAUCUCCCGCGCCGUCGAGCAGGAGGCCAACCCCAACCUGCCGCACGGCGACUCCUCGCGCUCCAGCCGCCGCGUACCUCAACGUCGGGGCAACAUGACCAUCGCAGCCAAGGCUGGAGUCACGUUGGAAAUCCCAAACGGGGCUGUGCUCGAGAACAAGAGGCUCACAGUUAAACAAGAAGGCCAGGCUCCAGCCAGUGAUGUUGAGGCUGCCUAUACAACACAGACCCAUGCCACUUACAACAAUCACGGAGCAAUGGGAAAUGAUGAGCUCCUGCUUCUUUUUAUGCCGGUUCAGGAGUGUAGGAAGUGGUUCCUCGCCGGUUGGACGUCAUUCAACCGCAGCUCUGGCACCCACUGAGUACUGCCUCGGGUACAACCUCCCUCGGAGCAAUGGGAAAUGAUGAGCUCAUGCUUCUUUUUAUGCCGGUUCAGGAGUGUAGGAAGUGGUUCCUCGCCGGUUGGACGUCGUUCAACCGCAGCUCUGGCACCCACUGAGUACUGCCUCGGCUACAACCUCCCUCGAUGAGUUGCAUCUUCCUCCUGCUCCUCUGCUUCGGCUACUGUAUGGGACAUAGUCAGGGCUAUGAUGAUCGGUUAUGGCUGAUAUAAGCAUGCUCUCGAGCAAUCGAGGCACUUGUGGGUAUUAAGUUGGAUACCCCCUCGUUUCUUUGCCGUUUUGAUCAUGUUCUUAUUUUAGUGGCUCUGUCCUUGGAUGGUCAUUUCUGAUGAGUGAUAACCAGGGCAGUUUCACCCUUGUAAGAACAUCCAGAAACAUGGGACCGAUCGAAAACUCCGGCUCCUCAGCGAUUUGGGCUUCCUGGCCGUCCGAUCGUUUUCCUGAUGCUAUUCUGGUCAUUGGAUCUUGCUCUGGAUCGAUCCCGGUCGCCGGAUCGAAACCCGGCGCUGUAACGAUGGGUUAGCUCGUUUGGCUCGCAGCGUCGCUCACUCGGUCUAUUCGACCCGUGCUCGCUGGCGUGUGGGGCCCUUUGCGUGCCGUCAGCGACCGUGUGUGCGGGCAUGGCCUGUGCGUCCAGUCACGUGCCCCACCGGUUGGAGGCCAUUCUUGCUAGGGCAAUGAUGAUUAACCAUGGCUGAAAUAAAUGUGCCUUUGAGCAAUCAAGACACCUGUGGGUAUCAAGUUGGAUCCUCCCUCUUGUCUCUAGAAUCCUUUUUGAUCUUGUGAUACUUAUUGUUCUGUCCUUGGAUGGUCAUUCUUGUUGAGUGAUAACCAGGGCAGCUCCACUCUAUAAACAGAUUGAUCUGGUGAUAAGAGAUGACGGGGGUGGGUCAUAUGAUCGAGAAAAGGCGAAUCUGAGCCCAC